GUCUCUGCGUAAAUAGGGACAAAGUUUGAUAACAGAAAGUAUAUACAUUCAUAGAGUAUAAAGGAAAAUACAGUUUCAUGGUAAUUGAAGUUCCGAAACACCCCUGUAGAGGGCACAACCAAUACUGUUUAGACAAAAUGCAAACAAAUCAGGCAUACCAACUGUAUUAUGCACAAUCGUGCAUGUUCGGUACAAAUCGAUGAAUCUAGGAUUGCAAUGGGCCAAUCCGAACGUCGAGUUUAAACUUCAAAUUUUAUAACUGUCAGUUGGCUGAUUGGCGAGUCGGUUACGGUUGUUCGCCAUUGCCGAUACAAGCAGCGCGUUCACAGUUGUUUCACACCCUGUUCGUGUUUGGGUCGACGCUGCAAUAUCUUUAACGUCUUUUUAUCUCAACGCUGCUCGUCGUGAUCGUCCAAUUUUACAAGCUAUUUACUAAACGUGCCAUACGUUCCAUCAAUUUUUCAUUUUCCUUGGACCGUGUGGAAGUAACAAAAAUGGAUCGCAUCAAGGGCCGUAGGCGUAUCGGCGUCGACAACGUGCAAGAAAACAAUCCACGACAAGCAGUCGCCACUGCUAAAUUGGCGAUCAACCCUAAACCCGUAACUCGCACAGUCUUUGACGAUGUUGGUAAUCAAGCACCGCGGCCAAUCCUCGCCUCAAAGACAAACGCCCUGAACAAACCUACAAAACCGCAGCCUCUAGCCACGACUCGCACUGUCUUCGGCGCUGUUAAGAAAGAAAAAGAAUCUCUGCUGAAACCAGCAUUAAAGAAGCCAGUAGCAGUAUUAAAGAAACCAGUACCAGCCCCAAGUGCUGUCCAAGUGGCAGCUACCAAUGCUGGUGUACCAACCACAAAAGGGCAGAUAAAGAAAGUCAUGCCUGAUGCGCAAAUAAAACAACUAAUGCCAACUAUUCAAAACACUAAACUAGAUAUUGCAAAGGCAUUCAAUGCAGGGAAGAUCAUCGAACCCAUUUCCAGGUCCAAUGCCGUCCCCUACGGAAUACGUGACGUGGAUCUCGAAGACGACCCGCAACUUGUCUGUGAAUACAUCAAAGACAUCAUGCGAUAUUUAUUGGAUCUAGAAGAUAAGUAUCCGAUAGCGAAAAAUCAUCUCAAAGGUCUUAAAGUGACUGAAAAGCAUCGCGCAGUGCUCAUCGACUGGAUUGUUGAAGUCCUUGAUUCAUUCAAGUUGACAAAAGAGACACUAUACAUGAGUGUAUCUCUAAUUGAUCGCUACCUAGCUCUAAAUCAUCGCAUUACAAAAGACAAUUUGCAACUUGUUGGAAUUGUCGCCAUGUUUAUCGCGCAUAAAUACGAAGAGCUAAACAUCGUGGGUAUGGAUGAUUGGCUGUACAUCUGUGACGAUGCGUACAAAAGCAGCGAAAUACUCAGCAUGGAGAUGCAUAUGUUACACAAGAUGGACUUUUGUCUUGGUAGACCGACAGCGAUUACUUUCCUCCGACGUUAUCAUAAGGUAAUAAUGGCGUCGUUGCGUCAACAUGAGCUAGGCAAGUAUUUAAUUGAACUUGCGCUGAUUGAGUAUGACUUAUCCGCGGUGAAACCAAGCGUGCAUGCCGCUGCGGCGUGUUGCCUAGCUCAUUGGUUGGUUGAAAUGGACGGCGGUAAACCAGCCGAUAGCUGGUCGGAUAUUUUGAAGCACUAUUCAGGGUAUAAGUAUUCGGACAUUGCAUCUACAGUAAUGCGUUACGCCGUAAUGGCGCUGCGUGCAGAGACUGCUAAACAACAGGGUGUUCGUAAGCUGUACUCUGAUGAAAAGCGACAGCGCAUCGCUUUGGAUGAAGUGUUGCGGAGCGCUAGGCUGAAGGCGUUCGUCGCUGCGACUGCGCAAACAUAACCAGUUUUCAUUUUAUAUAUUUGUGUGCGUGGGUAUAUUGUAUAUUGUAUUUUUAUUUUAAAAAUGUAUAAGCGCCUUUUCUACCAUUAUUAUUGUCAUUAGGCAUAUUAUUAUUAAUAUCGAGAUACUCUAAUAGACUAAUUUUUCAAUAGAUAUUUUUGAAAAAUGA